GUUUUUGAACUUUGAAGAAGAAUGUGCAAACUUUCUCAGCAGGCAGGUGUGGCAGCUCUGCUGGUGCGGAGUUAGGAAUAAACUCUAACAUCUAACUGUAACAUCGAAAGUUGUUACAUUAUAUUCCAGCCGCGCCUUCACAGGAACAUUUAGUCCAGGUAUGUGUUUUGUUUAUAUUGUUUUGACGAUUGGUAACGUUAGAAAAGUCAGCGCUGAACUGCUAAUGCUAAUGAUCACAGUCUAGUAGCUUUGAGUGAAGUUAACCCUGGAGUUAGAUUGAUGUACCUGGAUGCAUGUUAGGUAGGCUACACGUUUUUUUUUUGUUUUAACAGGCCCUGUUGACGCCUGAAUAUGGGUAUCAAAAUACAAAAUGCGUAGCCGUUUUGUCAUUAAACGUGCCUGUUCGUUUUAUUUUGCUCGUAGAAGGUUAGAGAUAGCAUAACAGACACUGGAGUCUUGAGUGUCGGAAUGUACUCCUUAUUCAGUACCGUUUCAGAACAGGGUUAAAAUGAACGAUAUCACCAGGUUCAAGAAGCUUUAACUAGCGUAAGACAGUUAUGAACCUCCCUCUCUAUCUUUCAUAUUCACUCUGACCCAGCUGCAGUGAGGCACGAUGGAUCCGUCUGCAGUGAACCUGUUCAACCUGUUCCAGAGUCUCAGAGCCCAGGUCGAUGGACUGAAUGAGAGCAUUGAACCACGUAAGAUAUUUCCACACUCUCUUUCGGUAUUUGUCCCAUUUUAGUGGCCUGGAAAUACCUUUGUUGUAGUUAAGGCUGGUUGUUGUUGUGUGGUGUAUAGGGGAGAGUGGGGUAAGUUGAGCCAAAGGGUAAGUUGAGCCACCCCCUGUUGCUUAGAAAUGGUAAAAGAAAUUGAUCAUGUGACCAAAUAUUUAGGAGAUGGGCAUCGAUUCAUGGAGUCUGUGAAGGUUAGAAGCACAGGUGAAGGGAUUAGACAUUUAUUAAAAAAAACAAAAACAUUUUCCACUCUUAAAAGUGAAUUUAGUCUGUCAUAAGUUUUAUUAGAAUUGUGUUCAGACCAAAAAAGAUCAUUUUAAAUUUGUUUUUCUACAUCAAUUUCAUCAUGUUUUACUGAAUCAUCUAUGUCCCCCUGUUUUUAAUCUGUUCCUGUGUCUUGUUUUAUUGUUUCAUGUUAAUAGUCUGGUUCUUUUUAUUUUGUUUUUAAUUUUACUGUACAGCACUUUAGUCAGCACUUUGUUGUUUUUAAAUGUGCUAUAUAAAUAAACCUGGAUUGGAUUGAUUUGAUCAACUGUGGUAUCUAUGAGGUCAAAAACCUAACAUAAAAGUCCACCAUUUUAGCGUAGAGGACUAAUAAAGUCAUAAUUGUAGUUCUGGGGUAAGUUGAUCCAGUGGCUCAUCUGAGAAAGUAAAGGAGUCUGAUGAGAGGAUCAGAGUUUCAGUUCAGAUUGUUGAAAUGUGUUACUUUUUCUUUUCAAAAAUACAGCUGUGAAUGUUCUGAAUCACUUGAAGACAUUCUCAUGUUAAAAUGGCUUUUUACAAAACAGCUUUUUAGCAGUUAUAUGCAAUAAUAAUAAAAAGAAUUAUUGUACCAGUUGAAUAGUGUAUAAUAGAUAAAAAUACACAUGAAUGUGAAGAAGUGACUGUUAUUUAGGGAGAGAGAAGGUGAGAGAGGGCUGGGGUGGAGAGUGGGGGUAGCAGGAACACGGCUCAACUUACCCUGCUCCUAUGGUCAACUUACCCCAUACACGGGGUAAGUUGACCAUAGGAGACCACUUUUUUUGGCAUGCUGUAUUAUCAAGACAGUUAUGUUUACACUCAUUCUGUUGGUUUGCAGGGAUGCACAACAUUUUGAAAUAUAUGCAGAUAGACUAGUUAGACAAAACUAUGUUUGUCUUGAUGUAGUGAUCCAAAAUAUCUCAUCUCACCCCAUUAUCUUACAUCUUACCCCACUCUCCCCGACUCAUCACAAAAUGUCUUGCCCUGUAACCAGACUCAGACUGUAACCAGCAUAGAGCCCAUUCUUGAACAGAACAAAGGGACCGAACUAUAGACAUGAUGCAGCCCGUAGUACAAAAAUUUGGCUAAAUUUGCAAUUAGUGUGCAAAACAAAGUCCACCCAAAUAGCCUUGAUCACUUCAAGCACUUGUGGAGGACAGAAGAAUAUAGUUUGUUGAGAGCACUGACAUGAACUCCUCCCAUCCUCUCUUUUCUUCUAAUUUAGAGUUCCUCCUGAUGGCUAGAAACUUUGAGGACUGCCGUAAGAAGUGGCUGCGAACAGAUGAGGAGCUUGUGUCCUGUAAGGAGGUGCUCGCUAAAGCAGAGACUGAGAAGGGCUCCCUGGAGGUCAAACUUAAGCAUGCUCGCAAUCAGGUGGAUGUGGAGAUCCGUCGAAGGCAGAAAGCUGAGGCUGUCUAUGAGAAGCUGGUUGGUGCAAUGCUGCUUUAUAAAUCUUUUAUAUUAACAGAAGUUUCUGGGAUACGUACCAAAGUAGAAAAAGAGGAAGGUUCGUUAUGGAUCAUUAUUUCAUGAACUUUUCUGCAUCUGUCUAUGUUUAUGCUCAAACAGGAACGCCAACUACAGCUGAUCCGGGAACUGCUGAUAUCAGAAAACAAUGGCAGUGUCCACCUGAGUGAGGAGCAGCGCUCUGCACUGGCCUUCCUCAGUGCUCACUCCCAGGCUGCACAAGCUGCUAGAGGCAACCUCAACACAAGUCGAAGGUCAGACCCUCCUCAUGUGUAUCGUAAUGAAAGAGGUGCAAUUAACUCUUUUUUUUGUCCACAGUCCAGGCCCGUAUCCUAUCUUAAGUGGUUGUUCUGGAGAGUUUAGCACUGUCUGGACUUAUUUAACUAUCUUUUUCUUACCUGUUUACAGGGACAGCAUACAAACCAGUAUACUUUAUUAAAAAGAAUUUGAUAUAGGACAUUUUAAUUCUUAUAAUAAAGUUUGUUUUAUUCCAUUUAUUGAAGACCUCAAACCAAUUUUACAGGUUAACCACCAUUGAUGAAUCAGCUUCUUUGAUUUCUGAUAUCAGCUAUGACCAAACAGACGACUCUCUGGUAGGUUGACCCAUUGAAAAGUAAGCAGAGGAUUGUUGAGACCCGGUGUUUUAAGCGCUUCUGUUUAACUGUUCACUUUUUCUUUAGGACUGGGACUCCUCUGUGAUGAAGACUGUGAGGCUGAGGAAACGUCAGAAACGAGUGAGUCCACGAAUGACUAAUGCAUCACGAUUAAGCGAUUUAAAAAAUAUAUUUACUAUACUAAUCAGUUUGAGUGAUGUGUUUCUGUACGCAACUCUGGUAAAGUUCUCAGCAGCCAAUCCAUAAAGUAGUGUUUAUAAAAGUUAAAAUACACUUUGAUCCACAGCGUUCCUCCAGAAAACUCCAGGAUGUUCCUCCACAGGCUGUGAAGAAACCUCGCUCCACUGGACGCACAUCAGAAAGGGUAAUACUGACCUCUACUGAUGAGUUAGCUGUAUAACACCAUCAGCUUUUUGUGAUAAAAUUCCUUCAUCAAAACAGGGAUACCAACUGACUAGACCUUUAAAAGCAGCUCAAACUGUCACUGGUUUUGUUGAUUAUCUACAUUUUUUUCACUUGACCCAGAUGAAUGAGUCUAUAGUGGCUAAAACCACUAUAACUAUGCCUGUGAAUGGUGGGGCUGUUGAGGCUGUCUCCACCAUCGAAACUGUGCCUUACUGGACACGCAGCAGAAGGAGCGGUGAGAAUGCCAAACACUUCCUUUUUCAUCCUCUUACCACAAAAAUACAAUUUUAGUUUUGUAAUUUUACCAUCAUGCACUUGUGUCUACAGCCGCUUUAGCAUGGGCGGAUACAACCACUACUGAUCAAUCAGAGACAGCCAGUGAGGCUCCCUGCACACCAGUCUCUGAGUUCCCAGCCAAAUUUCAAACCCCCAAAACUAAUGGAGGAGGAAAGAAACACCAGUUCAUCGCCAAAACAGUAAGACAGCACGCUCUGUGGUGACAUUUAAGUGUUUUGAAAUUGGACUUGGGUGCUUCUUUUUGAAGUGUUGAGGUGCUGAGGUGUCUACUUUUUUUCGGGAACUUCAUCCCAAAGGUGAUAAAGUCUGAGUUCUGUGGACCUUGUGGAAGACGAACAAAGUUUGGAAAGAUGGUCCUCCGCUGCCAGAAUUGUAGGGUUGUGACCCACCCGGAGUGUCGUGACCGUUGUCCCCUGCCUUGUAACCCCACAGCUGUUAGCACUCCCAUCAGGAACGCAGAGGUAUGUGUCUCCCAUUGUUUAGUGUUUUAUUUUAACUUCUAAGUUGUGUAUUUUCCCUGUCACCUGAAUUAACAUCGAUCAAUUUUAUUUGCAGAGCACGUUGGCUGACUUUGCUCCUGUCACUUCACCAAAAAUCCCGCCUCUGGUUAUCUACUGUAUUAAAGAAAUCGAACACAGAGGUCUACAUGAGGUAAAUCAACCUUAAUUCAAGCCCUUUGUUUAUUUGUCACCCUUAUGCUUUGCCUCGAUCCAUUUUCCCAUGACCCUUUGCUGCAGAUAAUUUCUCUCUAAUUAGUUAUCUCUUUCAGCGGUACGGUAUCACAGGCAGCCAGACAAUAAAGGCUGGUUUCUUUUAUCUCCUCCUCACCCAGGUUGGCUUGUACAGAGUCUCUGGCCAUGAGCGCUUGGUGAAGGAGCUGAAGGAGAAGCUGAUUAGAGGAAAGACCCUGCCUGCUCUCAGCAAAGUAGAGGAUAUCAAUGUCAUUACAGGUGUCCUCAAAGACUUCCUCAGAAAGCUUCCAGAGCCGCUGCUCACCUUCAGCCUCAACAAAGCCUUCAUGGAGGCAGCGGGUAAGUUUGUGAGAUGUAUAAAAUCGCACAAGAAGGAGUGAUGCAUGUGCCGUAGUUUUUAUGUAAAUGCAUUCUUUUGAGAACAAGUAUUUUAAAGUUAGGGAAAUGCUGGUGGAGGGAACAGACAAACAGUAUUCAUAAUACAAAACUGUAUUUUUGCAGAAAUCCAGGAUGAAGACAAUAGUCUUGCCAUGCUGUAUCACACCAUCAGUGAGCUGCCUCAACCUAACCGAGACACCAUGGCCUGCCUGAUGAUCCAUCUACAAAAGUAAUCUUCUUGUGUUUCAGCAGGGCUAAGACAUGUUUUCUCUUUGACUUUCCAGUCAUUAGACAUGUUUGUGUAAUACACAAGUUGGAAACAUUUUUCGAGAAAACAGAGAGCAUCCUCGUUUAAUUUCUGAAUCAUGGAUGAACUUCAUGCUAGUCUAGAGUGUAUUGAAAUCUUACCAUCCUCCCCUUUUCCAGAGUCUCUCGGUGUGUAGACACUAAGAUGGAUGUGAAGAACCUGGCCAGAGUGUUUGGGCCUACUCUUGUGGGACACGCUGUUCCAGAUCCAGAUCCUAUGACCAUCCUGCAUGACACAAACAGACAACCAAGGGUAAACUAUUGAGAAUGAAGAAUAACUCUGACCGUAAAAAUCACUUUAUUGGUCAUCUAAUGUUUAGAAACAGCCUGUUGCAUUAACAUGAGAAUCCGUAUGUGCUCACCUGUACUUUAAGAUCAGUGCAUCAAUUCUCAAGUUUUUAGUUCCCUUACUUCUUUGAUUUUAAGAAUAAAAGCAGGAUCGAUUUGAUAUGUCUCUAGGUUAUUGAGCGCCUGCUCAGUAUUCCAGCAAGCUACUGGAGCCAGUUUGCUUAUCCAGAUAAUGCAGGCAUGGACAACGCUCACCGUACUGAAACUCCAGACCACAGAGGUGAGACACUGAUAAGAAAUUACAGUUACUCAAAAUAAAUGGCAGGAGUACAAAAUUAUGCUCAAAUACGUUAUUAAGAAAACAGCAUCUUUAGUGUACAAAUGUCAAAACUGCACUGUGGGAAACUUCUAAUGUAUUGAUUGAUAUUUGAUUUGUAGUGAGCAUGUUGGGACCAGUGACCACUCCAGAGCACCAGAUGAUGUCCAAAACACCGUCCUCCAGCUCUCUCUCUCAGCGCAUGAUGCAGACUCUGUCCAGCACCACCUUGUAAGCUCACUCACACUCAUACACCCUAUUGAUGUCAGGAUCUUCAAAUACCAUUUGAAACACCAUGAACAUACCAAAUAUCAUGAACAUUUUUUCAAAAAAAGUAGACAGAAGAACUUAUGCUCAGUAAAAUAUUGCCACAAGGGACCUUAAAGUUUCUGUCCAGUCAUCUGUAAUUAUUAUAGAUCGUCAAAAUACAAGAUAGAUAAUUGGUAAAACCAAUAUCAUGAAUAUUCCCUUUAACCUAUGCACAUUUCAAUCUAAUAUUCAUGGUUAUCUUAGCUGCUAAACUGUUUUAUGUUUUUUUUUUAUUUAUGAAAUAGAGAAAUACAUUAAGUAAUGCUAUAGAUCUCAAAAUAAGAGGCCAUAUUUAACAGCAUUUAUGAAUGUACAUUUAACCCCACCAAGUGACUGUUAUUUAGGAUGGGAGAAUAUGGGAUAAUUUCUCAAUUGUCAAUGACCAGCCAGAUCAGUCAGCCAAAUUAAAAUGAUUCUGAGCAUCUUCAUAGUUGUCAUGACUAUUUAGUUUACCAGUUACCCUUACUUAGCUGAAACCUCUACUGUUUGCCCACUGACCCUCUUCCCUUGUCCACCUUUAGAUUUGGGAGCAAGAGCAGAGCCACUGCCGCUUGUAACCGCCAGGGCCAAUUCUUCGCUUCUCCACAGCUGAAGUAACGGUAAAGGAAGGUUAUGAAGGUUACUUUGGUUACUGCACCUCUGGGUCACUAACUGCAAUAAAAGCAUAUAUAUUUAGAUAAUCAUGUGAAACUAAAACUACUGUGCAAUUAUAGUGUGUAACAGUUUAAUUACUGAGUUUAAGUGUUUUAUGCAAAAGUGUUCUAACCAGUUUUUUUAAGUGCUAUUUUUUUAAUGAUUUUGAUUCUUUGAUAAUUAAUGAUUUAUUAAUGACCAAAACCGCUGCAACAUCUCUGUGAUUGUAUGAAGUCUGAAGGUUUUAAUGACCAAAUAACCACCUUAAUGCUCAGAGGGGAUAAAUUUCACGCUCUAAUCUAAUGUUAAAAAAACUAUGCAUUCCCCAGUGAUAGAUCUAUAAACCUGUGGUUUUAACUGCAGUGUCUGUAGUGUCUGAGCACAUGUGAAAUACUCCGAUGCAACAGGGAAAGAUGACACAUAUCAUUUUUGACCAGCCAGUGUCUCUCUUUGUCUUUUAGCUGUAGUCGCCUUGUCAUGAAACUAACAACUUAUUUUUCUUGUUAGGGUUUAACAUUUUUCUUUUUUUAUGUGGAUUGCAUGCUGUGACAAUAUAAAAAUCAUGAUGAUAUAUUGUUUAACAAUACUGUUAUGUUACUCAAAAAAAGUUAUGACACUGAAUGGGAAUGAUGUUGCAUUUUGCACUGUAUCUAUGUGACAACCUGAGGAAAAGUGUUUUCUACCUGGGAGUUCUCACCACUAGAGGUCGCUGUUGCACCACUUUUGAAAAGCAAGCCAUAAAUAAUGAUGAGUGUCUACUGUAAAUUAUGCACACUAACAGUCAGUAUUACUGACAGAAAUUGUUUUAUAUUAUGUAACCAGUGAAAAUAUUGUGAUUCUCUAAUAAGCCAAAGAUUCAAUAUAACAUCUCUUUAAAAAACAAUUGGAGUUUCUUUGAUGUGUAAAUAUGAAGAGAUUUGGAUGCACACUCAUGGUUUUACGUUUUUGCAUCGGCACAAAUUUACUUGUACAGUUGCAUCAUAAAUAUGCGAAACAAAUUCUGCUGUUUCUGGAACGGUUUUCUUGUCUCAGUUGUUCUUAUGCUGUCACUCCUUAUUAGCUCCAGAUUCUAGCAAGAUGACAUUACUGGUCCAAGUGUUCGCUAUUUAACAGAGAGAGGUUCAUUUUAAUGAAUUCAUUUCUCACAAAACCAAAUAUAGUCAACUUUGCUGCCACUGAUGAAUAUUUACACUCUGAUAGUGUUGUACUCCAGUUUGACUGUUUUUGAUUCAUUCUUUGAGUUUAUUCAUUGUACUGUAGUUGCUUUCACCCAGUAUUUUGUGAAUGAAAUGUUAAAACUCGGUUCUUUGUCUAAGCUCAAAUACAAUGGUAAAGGUUCAUGAGUGAGCUGAAAAUAAACAUCAGAAGAGUG